UCUUUGUUUGUUUGACAAAAAACGCUGGGAAUUGUUUGUUUCCAUCGUCUUCGUAUCCACCACUCCACCGUAUUAGGGUUCUUUGCUGAAGAAGAAGAAGAAGAAGAAGAAGAAGAUGACUCAAGACGAAGAGAUGAAAGAUCUCCCAACACCUUCUCAAUCUAUUCCUUCCACAUUGCAACAUUUGAAGGAAAUAGCAUCGAUCAUUGAAACUGGUUCCAACUUGAAGGAAGUUCGCAAAAUUUCUCGUGCUGUGCGCCUUACUUUGGCGUUAAGGUCCAAACUCACUGCUCCUGUUCUCUCUUCUUUCCUUCAUUAUGUUCUUCCUCCUCAUUCUACCUUAUCUUCUUAUCUUCCCAAUUCAAAGGGUGGUGAUCAUGAGAUGGAAGUGGACACUGCAACAUCUGCAGCUAUUCAAACUCCAGCCAAGCACUUGUUGCCAGAGCUAGAAAUCUACUGUUACUUCCUCGUGCUUCUUUUUCUGAUUGAUCAGAAACGAUACAAUGAGGCCAAAGCUUGUUCCUCAGCUAGCAUUGAUCGGCUCAAGAACUUGAAUAGAAGAACUGUUGAUGUUAUUGCUUCGAGACUAUACUUUUAUUACUCAUAUAGCUAUGAGCUUACUGGAGAUCUUGCUGAAAUUCGAGGUACCCUCUUUCAGUUGCACCGGAUUGCUACCUUGCGCCAUGAUGAGCUUGGUCAGGAAACACUUCUUAAUUUGUUACUUCGUAACUACCUCCACUACAACCUAUAUGAUCAGGCAGAGAAGUUGAGGUCGAAGGCUCCACGAUUUGAGGCACAUUCAAACCAGCAGUUCUGUCGCUAUCUCUUCUACCUCGGGAAAAUUCGGACCAUUCAGUUGGAGUAUACCGAUGCAAAAGAGUCUCUCCUGCAGGCUGCUCGUAAAGCACCAGUUGCAGCACAGGGGUUUCGGAUUCAGUGUAACAAGUGGGCCAUUAUAGUUCGUUUACUGUUGGGAGAAAUUCCUGAGAGGACUAUCUUUGUCCAGAAAGGAAUGGAGAAAGCUUUGAGGCCUUACUUUGAACUUACUAAUGCUGUUAGGAUUGGUGAUUUAGAGCUCUUUAGGAAUGUUGCAGAGAAGUAUGCUACUACUUUCAAUACAGACGGAACCAAUAAUUUGAUCGUUCGAUUGCGCCAUAAUGUCAUCAGGACUGGUUUGCGUAACAUCAGUAUAUCGUAUUCUCGCAUCUCACUGGCCGAUGUAGCUCAGAAAUUGAGGUUGAGCUCUGCAGAUCCCAUUGCUGAUGCUGAAAGCAUUAUAUCAAAGGCUAUCCGUGAUGGGGCAAUUGAUGCGACAUUGGAUCAUGCUAAUGGAUGGAUGGUGUCCAAGGAAAUUGGAGAUAUUUACUCUACAAAUGAGCCUCAGUUGGCCUUUAAUUCUCGGAUUGCCUUCUGUCUUAACAUGCACAAUGAGGCUGUUCAAGCACUGCGUUUUCCAAAAAACACACACAAGGAGAAAGAAAUUGCUGAGAAGCGGAGAGAGAGGCAACAGCAAGAGCAAGAACUGGCAAAGCAUAUUGAGGAGGAAGAUGAUGAUGAUGACUUCUGAUGAUGAUGAUAUUAUUUUUAUCUUACCAAUUUCUGUCAGGAUCUCUCCAUUUGCUCCCUCGUGUGGAGAACUGUUUAUCAUGUGGAGAACUUCCAUAAUACCAUCUUUGUGAAACGUGGGUUUACUUUACCUUUUAGAUGGAAGAUCCCUGAAAUAUUCACUAUUUAUUUCCAAUCAUUGUGGAAAAAGAAUUUACUCAUUGGCCAAAAACAAUGGAAGUACUUAAUUAUUGCGGAUGACUAAUUGAGUUUUCCUUUUUUGUUGAUAAGAUGAGUAAUUGAGUUUUCACUAAUUAUCUAUGGCUAUGUCUAUCGAUAAAACUCACACCUGGUGCUGAGAAGUAAGGAAUUGCGGGUUUGAAUAUGUAGAACGUUUUCCGGUUCUUUAUUGUAUGAUUAGAGAUAAUGUUUGAUACAUUGAAAACCAUAUGUGAUAAUAUUGAAAUGCUGCUGCAA